CAGUUUUGUUUCAAUGUCUCGUAGACUUAGAUUUAGACAUUGCUGUUUCUAGAUAUGUUAAAGUGUAGACAUUUUAAAACUAAAUUGUGCAAUAAUACUAUUCUAUUUGUAUAGACAAAAAUCCUUCAUUUCUUUUAAAAAGUUCACAGUUUCUUCAACAAUGGUGAUCAAACGAGAAGUGGCCUACGGCAUUGUCCAAGGUUUGAGUGACUUCUGGAAAUCUGAAGAACUGCAAGAUUUUACUGUCACACUUGGUACAACAAAGUUUGGGUGUCAUAGGUUUCUUCUGGCCGCUUGUUCUGGGUUUUUUAGAGGACUGUUUAGAUCUGGGAUGAAAGAAACGGAAUUAAAGUGUGUGACUGUUGAAGACAUCUCAAGUGAAACUUUUGACUUAAUCCUGGAGACUCUGUACACUGGUCAUGGUGUUUUGACAAAUGAUAAUGUCAUUGACAUCUGGCGAGCAGCUCAUCAGCUACAAAUAAUGUUUCUGAUAAAAGAAUGUGAAGAUUUUGUAAUAGACACUUUAUCUUUAGAAAACUACAUAAAAUAUUUUAAAUUAUCUAGGCUUUUAAACUCAGAACCCGUAACUAAAGUAGUGGGGUAUUUCAUUGUUAGAAAUUCAAGUCAUUUCUUUAAGACAAAUAGUUUCCUAAAGCUAUCGAGGUCUAAUGUUUUAAACUUGAUUACCUGCCAAGAUUUGGUGGCAGACUCAGAAGAUGACGUCAUAUACGCUAUUUUAAGAUGGGUGCAAUUUACGUCACAAAAUAAAAUUGUAAACCAGAAAGGAAAAUGUUCUGAUAACUCAAGUACAAAUUUAGAUGUAACACAUACCAGCACUGAUGUACAUAAAGAGGAUACACCUGACCAAAGUUCUACACAAACAAAAAACGAAAGAUCGUGUAAAACUCUGUGUAAGGAAAAUUUGCCUCAUGAAGACAUAACUAGCGAAAGCCCUUUUAAAGCUCAGAAAAUGAUUCAUUUCUUCUCCAAACCAGACACUAGAGUAAAAGAUUUAUUUGAUUUAUUAUCCAAAGCAAGACUCUGUCUGGCAAGUCACCACUGUCUAGAGAUGAUAAUAUCUCAUCCGUUGGUUCGACCUCACGAGAAAACAAGAGACUUAAUUGUAAGAGCAUUAUUCUAUAAGUUGCAAGCAGGCAAACGAAAUGGGCAAUGGCCAACUGGGGCUAUCUUCAGAAAUAAUGAUAUCUAUGCCAAUUCUGCUUUGACCUAUACAAAAGACAACAAGAACAUAUUCGUUAAAACAUUUCUAUUUUCAAGAAACUCGUGGUUAAGUCUUCCAAAAUUAGUCGGUGAAGCAACAUUCUCUUCGAUUCAGUUUGUUGUUCUGGAUAAAACUUUAUAUGCAUUGGGACAUUUACUUAGUAUCUAUGAUUCCAAAAUUCGGGCGAGCAAUUCGCAAAACAGAACUCCAAUAUCAAUUAUGCAACUAAAUGGAGGCUCCUGGUCUGACAAAUCUUCUACUUUCACUUUGCCUUCAAGCGUAUUUUCUGCUGUUGAGAGCGAGUCAUUUAUUUAUGUCUUUUCACCAAAAGGCAAGGAAGUUUGGAAGUUAGAUCCAACAACAGGAACUCAUGACCGAAUGAGUGAUUUACCAGAUGAAUGCGGUAUUUGGUACGUGAUGAGUCAUGAACAUUUGAUUCUUGUGUUUUAUUCUUGCUCAAAUAACGGUGUGGAUGAAACUGCCAUCGAUUGCUUUGAUACAAGACAAAAUAGUUGGAGACGCCUCAGCAAUCUUGAAGGGUCAGUUAAGGAUAUCGUGAGUUUGAAAGAUGACCAUUCUACGUAUCUCUUGCAGUCCAGUGGCGAUCUGUGGAAGUUGGUCCAGCCUCAAUCUGACGUUGUCGAUUUUGAACAUGUAGUCAAACUUUGGAGUUGUAACUGGCCCCUUCAUGGAGCGGUCACUUUCAUGGAUGACCUCUACAUCUACGGAGUUAAGGAUGAUAAUUUUUCCAAUGACCCAAAACUAAGAAAAUCUGUCGACGGGUUAUUUCAAAAUAUUAUUUACAAGCAUAGUAAGUCUAAUGAAAAGUCAAUCUUUAUGCCAUAUAUAGUCCAACGAACUGAAAUCAAAAGAGCCAUAUAGAAUAGCUUUUUUAUGAGUACAUUUUAAACUAAUCAUAAAUUACCAGUAAUAUUUAAAACCAACUGUUCACUAUAUAAAAUAUGUGAGGUGUGUGUAUAUUUCCCGCAUAAAUCGACGCUAUUUAACCGUUCUAAAUGUAGUUAGAUCAUUGCAGAAGUCGUAAUAUAUGUUGGAAGCCCUUCCUUCCAGCCACAACGGCCAACUUUGUGGAAUUAUGAUAGUACUAGUGUUAAAGGUUAUAACGUAGGCGUCUAACUAUGAUAAUAACAUUAUUUUAUAGCCUAGGCUCUAAAAGUAGUAGGAAGAUUUAUUUUUCCCUGUCAACGCAAGUGCUUAUAAUGUUUUCUUUUCCCAAGACUCACAGUUUAGAAGACAAAAUGCAGUAAUUUCCCGAGGCUGAUAGCUCGCGCGUUAUUUCUUGCGCGUGUGUGUGUUUUAAACAUUAAAAGAACUUAAGUUAACAUUAGGUUUUUAGAAAUUAUUAUCUAAUUGAAAAAGAAACCGAUGGAUCUCAAAAGUCUGAAUCUCGGGGAAGACUGAGAUUUUCAAUUUUGGGGUUUUCGUGACUCCUCUGCGUCUACUCCUCUCGUUUGAUUACCUGACAUGGACAUGACAUGAGUUGGAGAAAGUAAAGGCGGUUGGCUUUCGCGAGAUACAAAAAAUCGCCACAAGGUUUUCAGCAGGUUUGCUUUGAAAUAGAUUUUAAUACCACCAUAAGUCUUUUUUUUUUUCUCAUACAGUCCUAUCUAUAGCCAUUACAUCUUUUCUUUAAAUCGGAGAUGUAGAAUUAAAGUUUGUAUUGUCUAGUUGUCAUGAAACUUAGGGACUUUUGAAACAGCUGUUGAAAUCAAUAAUAAUAAUAAUAAUAAAAACCUAACAACCUUCGCACCUUGCAAUACAAUAUAUAAGUUAGUGAAAAUAGAGGGAAGUAUAUGUGCCGCAUUCCACUGAUUUACUGCUGGUCGAUAAGGCUAGAUGGCGUAGCUACUUAAAGUAGGUCACUUCUGCACAGAACAAAAUUUAUGAGUGUUUCUUAUCACGUAAACUAUGACUCUUUCUUUCAAAAGAAAAUGUAAUGACAUUAUUGGAAUGAAAAGUCAUCGAUUGUCAUACGCUUAGAGAACUUUCGGAUAUUAUGUAACACCAAAAAUACUUUUUUACCCCCCCCCCCUCCGUUCCUUAUAACAAAUCGUAACAAAACUCCCCCCCCCCUCAAAAGAGUAACAUAACAAGAAAAAUCGAAUAUUACAAAACAUUGAUUUGUUAAUUAUCUUUUCCCCAGAUUACAUGUUUUUACCAAGAUUUCCAUAGAAAUGACGGGAGAAGCCUCGACUUCUAGCGGCGUUUUGAUGACGAAUUCAGUUCCCCCCCCCCCCCCAAUACUGUAAACACAGACAUCGGGCGGCCGCCGAAUAAACCAUAAAAAAACUCGUGGUGUUAAAAAAAACGGGGUGUUUUUUUCCUUUAAAUUUUUUUUUUAAACCAGUGUGUGAUGACUUUCUAAUUGUUAUUGAACAACAAACAUCUCACCAAAGUAACAAACUCGUAUAGAUCUAUUUUAUAUUAAUCUACCUCACAAUUACACCGACAAGUCGUUCAAUAGUCGUUUUACAGUCUUGACCUCACGUUACCCCCCCCCACCCCGGCAAGACUGAAGGCGCUGUGACUACAUAACAAACAUAAACGAGAGUUGAAAUGACAAGAUGAUCUAAAAUAAAUGCUGUUAUUUCAUUUGAACAUUUUUUUGUUACGUUACAAAUUCGUUUAGCCCACUCCCCCCCCCCCCCCCCGCCCGCCCUUUUAGUCGUUACGUAAUACCCUUAAGUUCCCUUGGCCCUUUAACCGGAAAUGUUGGAUAAAUAAUGGAGAUUUUCAAACAUGGCGGCAAGUAGGUCAACAAGUAACCUUUUUGGUGUAUCCGGAGUAUAGAAUAUGGAAACAGUGACAUGUGAAGUAUUCUUAUAAACAAUAUCAUUUUGUUUUUGUUUUCAGCACUGUAGAAUCGGAUGUAGAAUCUGCUUAUACUUUGCCUGUAAUAAUAUUACUUUUUUUGUGUGUGCGUAUAAUUGAUCAUACAAUAUGGCAUCCUAAACAUUGUUAAUUGUGUGUAUUUAUUUACAAAUUUCUCCAAUUCUUCCUAUCUUUCUUUUUUUUACGUUUGUAUCCCUUAUAUCGCCACUUUAUUUAUUCAUAUCGCUUCUCUUUCUUUCUCUCUCCUAUACCCGCUUAAUUUUUUUUUUUUAACAAAAAACAAAAAAAUACAAAAUACUUUAAAAAACAAAGCUUAUAUUCAGUGUAAUUGUAUCAAUUAGUUUGGAUCUGUCAUGUCAUUAAAUUUGUAAUAGAUAUAGAUUGACAAUA